GAGGAAAAGCACUGGCUGAAGCUUUAUGCAAAAAUAACACCUUAACGAAUUUAAAUUUACAACAUAAUAACUUAGGUGAAUCAGCAGGAAAAGCACUGGCUGAAGCUUUAUGUGAAAAUACCACCUUAACGAAUUUAAAUUUACAAUAUAACAGCUUAG